GCUCCUCUGCGCACUCCUCUGCAGAGCAUGGAGCGCUGUCUGUUGACGCAUCGACAUCGGCCAAUCACACGCCGUAUCUCCAAGGCGCAAGACGUGACUGACCAAUAAGAACACAGCACGGGGCGGGAUGUGUCCAGUCCGCUCACACCUCCACACAGAAAAUCACUGGUGUUCGAGAGUGAUAAAGAGACAGACAGGGACCGAGAGUGGAACCGCGAAACGGGGACAGGGACACAAACAAGGAGACGGACAGACACACGGAGACUGUUAAACGCGGUUCCACUACGGGAUAAAGGCUGACAUGAACGUGUCAGUUUGACUAGCUCCAGACCCGCUCUCUAACAGGUCCACCGCAGCCGCGAGCAUGUCGACGGCAGAAGGAGCCGGCCAGCGCGAGGAAGGAGAGUACGGAAGGGCGGCAAAGCGGCUAAAAACGGAGGAGAGGGAGAGGGAGACGGAGAGGGAGACGGAGGCGGAGGAGAGAGAGGAGGGGGAAGAGGAAUUGGAGGAGGGGGAGGAUUCGGACUCCGGCUCGCUGCCCGGUAACGUAGAGUCAGCGGUGGACAACCGGGCCAGGUGGAGCGCCAGCCAAUACGGAGCAGGACGGAAGGAUAAUGGCGAGGACUCCCAUCGUAUCUCUCCCAGCCCUGUGGUCCAUGUCAGGGGUCUGUGUGAGGCCGUGGUGGAGGCAGACCUGAUCGAUGCCUUGGAGAAGUUUGGAGCCAUAUGUUAUGUGAUGAUGAUGCCAUUCAAGCGUCAGGCCCUGGUGGAGUUCUCUGCAGUGGAGAGCGCUGACCGCUGUGUGUCCUGUGGAGCCAAGGAGCCUGUUUACAUCGCAGGCCAACAGGCAUACUUUAAUUACUCGACAUCCAAGCGAAUCACCAGGCCGACCAACGCAGAUAACCCCAAUAGUGGCAACAAGGUCCUCCUGCUGUCCAUACAGAACCCCCUCUACCCUAUAACCACGGAUGUUCUGUACACAGUGUGUAACCCCAUUGGCAGUGUGCUGAGGAUCGUCAUAUUUAAACGAAAUGGAAUCCAGGCCAUGGUGGAAUUUGAGUCAGUUCAGUGUGCUCAGAAGGCCAAAGCUGCUCUGAACGGAGCUGACAUCUAUGCUGGUUGCUGUACACUCAAGAUAGAAUAUGCAAGGCCCACGCGCCUGAACGUGAUUAAAAAUGACAACGAGAGCUGGGACUACACCAAACCCUACCUGGUCAGACGAGACCGUGGAAAGGGGAGGCAGAGACAGGCCAUUUUAGGAGAACACCCAUCGUCCUACAGCGGCGAUAACGGCUACGGUGCACCCUGCCCCCUGCUGCCUCUGCCUGGCAACAGCAGGUACAAGCUCAGCUCAGUGGAUGUUCCAGACAUGGUGUCCUACCCUGCGCCCCAAUCAUCCUCCUCAUAUUCUAGCCAUGCCCCCAGCUCUGUUGCCAUGGUGAGCGGCCUCCAUUCGUCCAAGAUGAACUGCACACGCAUCUUCAACCUCUUCUGCCUCUAUGGCAACAUUGAGAAGGUGAAGUUCAUGAAGAGCGUUCCCGGCACAGCGCUGGUUGAGAUGGGAGACGAGUAUGCUGUUGACAGAGCCAUCACACACCUGAACAGCAUCAAGGUGUUUGGAAAGAGACUCAAUGUCUGUGUCUCCAAGCAGCAUGCAGUGAUCCCCAGUCAAGUGUUUGAGUUAGAGGACAGCAGCAGCAGCUAUAAGGACUUUGCCAUGACUAGGAACAACCGCUUCAGCAGCGCCGGACAGGCUUCCAAAAACAUCAUCCAGCCUCCAUCGGCGGUGCUUCACUACUACAACGUUCCUCCGUGCAUAUCACAGGACCAGUUAUUGAGGCUGUGUACAGAGCACGAUGUGCCCGGCUUCGUCAAAUUCAAGAUGUUUGAUGCCAAACCCUCCUCUAAGACCAUCUCUGGUUUGUUGGAGUUUGACAGUAAAACGGACGCUGUGGAGGUUCUUACUGUUCUCAACCAUUACCAGAUCAGGAUACCCAAUGGGUCCAACCCAUACACCCUGAAACUGUGUUUCUCCACCUCGUCUCAUCUAUAAAGGUUUCAGAGCACAAGAAGAGGCUGCUGAGGCAGAUGAUGGCUGACCUCUGACCUGAAAGAGGGACCACUAGAGACACGCAGACAAAAGGACGAGAGCUACAUGAAAAAAGAAGAGAAUGAGAGAGAAAGAUGUGGCCUUCAAAGUGCUGACACUGUCUCCAAACGCACACCAUCAUCCUCCCAUCCAAUCACAACUCAACAAGCUGACGGACUAGUGACUCUAAAACACUCUAAUUAAGAUUUCCUAUUGUCAUGUGGGCCGACUGGAGGACACUGCUCGUGUGUUUAUCUUCACUGCAUGGAGAACUCGUCUUUGAGUGUAGACCUAGACAGACAGGGACAGGACAAGGAUCCACUCUGUGGAAUCUCCUGUACGAGCCUAAGUCCUCUUCAGUGACAGUGAAACUUCUCUUAAUCAUCUUUAGUGCACAUGGUGACUGAAAUAAUAUUUUAAUGUUUACACAAUGGUGGAACAGUGUGUUGUUUUGAAGUGUCGUUGAACAUAUACAGUAAAUGUGGGUAAGAUUUUAACAAAAGUUCUCAUUUAGGGUUCUUUAGUGCAACAUGAACGUUGGGACUGAGGUGUCACUCCACUGAUUGGCCCAGAGUGAGAUAUCUCAACUCCUGACCAGUUGUUAAGUGUGCGGAGGAUAUUCAUGGUCCCCGGAGGAAGACUCUAAGGAUUUGGGUGACCCCUGUGACCUCCCCUCCCAACAGCAUGAGGUCAGAUAUCUUGACACGGUGUCUGAAAAACUCAUGGCAGGAUUUCCAUGAAAUUUUACGCAAAUAUAAAUGUUUCCAAAAUGACGCAUUUCAAUGUUUUGAUACCGUUUAAAAAAAAAAAUGUUAUGCCUUACCUUUAUCUGUCCCACCAUCACCAAAUGUUUUAACCGAAACGUCAGACAUAUCAAAUUCUAAUGGGCAGAUUGGCCUUACUGAGCACAGGGUCUCCUCUAUACAUUUUGGACAUCAUGAUCCCCUUUAUCGGCACCUCUGACCA